AUGUUUUUCAUACCUAUAACUCUGAGAAACACCACCAUAAAGCACUUAGAGUGUUCAAACCACAACUACAGCUAUUCCAACGAUAACUACAGAUUCUCCAACCACAACUACAGCUUCUCCAACCACUUCCACAGCUCUUCUGACCAAUACAGCAUCUCCGAAAAUUACGACAGCUGUUCCAACCACAACGACUGCUGCUCCAACAGCGAGUACAACUGCUCCAACCACUACUACACUGGCUCCAACCAAAACGUCCCCACCACAAAUACUGCUGCUCCCACCACAACCACAGCUGUACCUACAACGACUACUGCUGCUCCCACCACAACCACAAUUGCUCCCACUAAAACUACUGCUGUUCCCAACACAACUAGUGCUGCUCCCACCACAACUACUGCUGCACCCACAACACCUAGAGCUGCUCCAACCACAACUACAGCUGCUCCAACCACAACUACUGCUGCUCCCACCACAACCACUGCUGUACCUACGACUACUGCUGCUCCAACCACAACUACUGCUGCUCCCACCACAACUACUUCUGCUCCCACAACAACUACAGCUGCUCCAACCACAAAUACUGCUGCUCCCACCACAACUACUGCUGCACCCACAACAACUACAGCUGCUCCAACCACAACUACUGCUGCUCCCACCACAACUACUGCUGCACCCACAACAACUACAGCUGCUCCAACCACAACUACUGCUAUUCCCACCACAACCACAAUUGCUCCCACUACAACUAAUGCUGCUCCCACCACAACUAGUGUUGCUCCCACCACAACUACUGCUGCACCCACAACUAGAGCUGCUCCAACCACAACUACUGCUGCACCCACAACAACCACAGCUGCACCCAUAACAAAAACUAGAGCUGCUCCAACCACAACUACUGCUGCUCCCACCACAACCACCGCUGCACCCAUAACAAAAACUAGAGCUGCUCCAACCACAACUACAGCUGCUCCAACCACAUCUAUUGCUGAUCCCACCACAACUACUGCUUCACCCACGACCACUACAGCUGAAACCACAAAUACUGCUGCUCCCACCACAACCACAGCUGCUCCCACUACAACUACCCCUGCUAAAACCACAACUAAUGCUUCACCCACAAAAACUACUGCUGCUCCAACAACAACUACUGCUGCACUCACAACCACAGCUGCACCCACCACAACUACAGUUGCUCCCACCACAACCACAGCUGCACCCACCACAACUACAGUUGCUCCCACCACAACCACAGCUGCACCC